UAUAAUACAGGGCAUUGGAAGUUAAACGGUUGAUCAGGCCACACAGUUUUGCAGGACUUGAUCAACAUGGAGCAGUUUGUAAUAAUAGCCUUAUUGGUGGCAUUGUGUUCUGCCACAAGCCCGCCAUUUCCUAAUAUAAUCGCUCUAGAUUGCAAUGAAACACUAUUUGAAACAGAUGUGGCAAUGAACCUCAUCAACGAACAUCGCGAUGAGGGGUUUGUGUUAAGACCAGUGCGAGUUAAGUCGGCUGUCCAGCAGGAGCCAGUGACACAACAUGGAGGCUUCAUCUACUAUAUGGAUCUGGAUGUGGUUGAAACAAAAUGCUCUGUCCUGAGUGGGAAAUCGUGGAAAGAGUGUAGCAUUGAUAAAAUUUCAUUCCAUGAAACUGUAUAUGGUCACUGUAAAGUCAUCACUUUCAUAUCCAAGCCAUCGAGAAGUCAGAGUCUCUUGAAUUAUAAUUGCACCCUUGGCACAGUUCCUUCUAGGGCAGUUGCUCAUAUUUGCCCAGACUGCCCCUCUCCAGUCACCGAUAUCACCCCAGAAAUAAAAGCACAGGCUAAUCAGAUCAUCCAGCAGUUUAAUGAAGACAGCAAUAAGACGCAUCAUUUCAAAGUGGAUGAAAUUGAAAGAGUGAGAACACAGUAUGUGUUUGGACAAUCGUAUUUCUUUGAAUUCAUCAUAAAGGAAACAGAGUGUUUGAGAACACAAGCUGAUGUAAAUCUUGAUGAUUGCGUGUUCCGUGCAGACAAGGAUGCACAUGUUGGUUUCUGCACAGGAGGUGUUUACCACACACCUGGAAUGCAAGAAAAGUAUUACGUGUCCUGUGACAUCUACAACCCAAGGGUUGAUAAAGACUAUGAUGAUCAUAGACAUCAGCUUUGUGGUCAUGGACCAGAUAGAUCAAAUAAUAAACAAGGAGAAGAAAAGACCACAGUCCCAGGCGUAGAUGUAGCAGAAGAAAUGCAAAAAGAUGCUGGGGAGUCAGGAAAAGGCAAAGAGGCACCUGGCAAUUGUGAGCAUGGGCGAUGCCCACUCCACAGGGGUCAUAAGCAUCAUCGUUGCCGACAUGAAAAAAGAUCAAAAGGUUCAGUUGAGAUUUACUAUCUUUCUGCUGUGGGAGACUGUGCACCACAUCCUACCAUUGUCCACCAACCUCAAAAAUAUGAAAAGCCUGGGAAGCAUGGAAAGUUUGAUAAUAUUGAAUUUCCAAGUGAACAAUCAAAACUGAAAACAUGUCCAGGUGAACCAAUGGUAGAAUUACCACAAAUUGUUCAAGAUUGUCUUUUUAAAUAAUAUAGAGCAACAGCAUUUGUCUACUAUAUAUGUUAAAAAGAGCAACAAUAAACAUUUAUGAAACAAAAAA